CAAACAGUUGCUUCCAGGCCGGAGGCGAAAAUUAGUCGUAGAACAUUGUUCUUCGAACUAAAAUUGUAAUUUGAAGUAAAGCUAAGGGAAUUUUACAUUACACGUUUUCCAUCUAAGUGGUGAAGUUUUGGGACUUUUCUGGAACGUUUCUCAAAUUUUCCUUCAAAUCAUUUAAGCUAACACGCACUUUAACUACGUUUCUGUUGUCUGUCCAACAGUCCAGUCCCCAGCACUGAUGGAUCAAGUGAAUAUAUGACAGAUCACAUAUUUGAACUGUGGAGAAAGAUAUAAAGACAUGAUUGGUCAUCGAAGAUUUUUUUCCACAAUUCUGGAUUAUAAGCACGCCUGUUUCACCUCGCUACUACUGAGUUUGAGUCGUAACUGCGGGUAAAUCAUGAAACAGGCGUGAUGGCCUGGUAAUAUUGUUUGGAGAGAUACUGCGAUGAUCAAUCAUGUCUUCAUACUGCUACAUCAGUUGGUAAUUUACGAAACACCUUAACGCGUCAACGCCAGGUUUGACUGUAAUUUCAACGCCUUUGCUUUCAGGCUAUUUAAAGAGAAUCCGGAACUUUUACAGAUGUUUUCAUUUAGAGAUUUGGCUAAUUCGACCGAGGACGCCAUGCGAACCGACGAUCGAUUUAAGAGGCAGGGACUGGUAACCAUGCAACAUGUCGACUUGGCCGUGGCGUCUCUCAGUGAUCUGGGCUCUAUUGUUCCCGCCCUCAAGGACUUAGGAGCCAGGCAUUCCAUGUACAAAGUUGAGGAAUAUCACUUUGGGCCUGUUGGAGCCGCGUUACUGGGCACGCUUGACAUGGGCCUUGGAGAGAAGUUUACACCAGAAGUUAAGGAAGCGUGGACUGUCGUUUACGGGAUUGUCGCAGACACGAUGAAAGCUGGUCUUAAAGAAGUUCUCGAGGGAUAAUAUGAACAAAGAUACUCACAAACAUCUAACUAUCAUAGAGGCCCUCUUCUAGAGUAUCCGGCAGCUACAAUCGUAUAUUAUCUUAGUCAGAAGAAUUAGCAUAGACUGGUCUGGAAUCUAAAAAGGGAGGAUUCUAAAAAGAAUAUUGUACUUAUAGCAGCAAAUUAAAGGAAGUGAUAAUACCAAUCGAUACGAAUGAAAUUAUAGGUACGCAAUGCGUUCAUGCAUUUACGGCAGGCUGCUUGCAAGAGGAGCUUUGAACGACCAUAUCAAAUCUCGUUUGCUCCUUUUUCUGUAGCUCACGUAAAUCAAAUCAAGCAUGUUUGUUGACUUAGCGGGAAUUUAAAUACUCACACUCAUGAACUUAUCGUUAAUAACGAGUUAACAAGCAUUUUGAUCAACUGUGUAUUUUAUCUGAUUUAUAUGUUAUCGCUUUUCGUAUUAUGGCUAAAACGCUCUUUUCGUAGAAUUCAAAAAAAUGUAUAUGUUCAUACAUAAAUUAAAAAAUAAGGGUUCACAGAG